ACCAUUUAGGAAUUGAAUUCAUGGAGAGUGAAGAGAUUUACCAGCGGCAGGUGCUGUCUAUUUCCUGUAUCGUCUUUGGCAUAGUCAUAGUGGGCAUGAUCUGUGCAGCGUUUUACUUCAAAACAAAGAAACAAACGAAACAUAUUCAGGAACAGCUGAAAGAGACGCAGAAUGGGAAAACCUAUAGCCUUAAUGCUCCUGGCAUGAUGGCAAAACCAGACACCAGGGCCCAGAGCCGAGUCCAGCUGCAAAAUUAUUCAAAGCCCAACAGACAUCCAGAGCCGGCAAUGGAAACGAUGAUGGAAUCUAGUUUUUCAGGAACCCAGCCCUUUCCCGAAGCCUUGUCUCCAGACCGAGGGAGCCAGCUUACGAAGCCACAUAGAAGUCUCUCUUCAUGCUGCAGCCCAGGUCAGCGAACCCGGAUGCUCCACAGGAAUGCCUUUCGGAGGACUCCUCCCUUACCUCGGGGCAGGUUCAAUGGAAUUAUGGGACCAGCAUACCAACAGCUAGAAGAGUCUAGAAUUACAGAUCAGGACAUGGUACCUUGUCAAGGGUUAUCUACUGAUUUCAAAACACCACAGAACGCUUCACUAAAUAUGCAACUGCCUUCGAGAGAAACCAGCUCUUAUUUGGAGAGCGUGGCCCAACAGGACCCGGUUGGCUACCCGUCUCCAAGAGCCAGUUCCGUUCCCAUCAUCCCCUCGGUGGGCUUGGACGAAGCCUGCAUGCAGACACAAAACAGUUCCGAGGCAGCAGGCCUCACGUGGUGCAAAAACUCCUAUUCCACUGACCUUGUCCACAUGAGUGCCCCGGCCCGAAGUUGUCUUAUUGCAGAACAACAAGAAGUUAAAAUAUUAUUAGAAACUGUCCAGGAGCAGAUCCGGAUCCUGACCGACCCAAGGAGGUCGGAAGACUUUGAACUGGCGAGUGCCGACACCAAGAACAAUACCAGUGAAAACACAGCUUUUCUGCCUAUGAGUCCUGUGGCGAAAUUGGAGCGAGAGACACAGUUUGUCUUAAAAAGCGAACCGCAAAGAGACUCAGCGUCGAUUAAGUGACUUUGUCCUGGGGUGGGGGGC